ACGGGGUACCCGACCGACACAGGCAGCCCUGGUUUUCUGGAAAUCGUCAGCGGUCCGGGGCCAUUAAACGCGUUAUAUGUAUCUUGCAAUUUGAUUCCGUAGCGCUCGGUGCGCCGAACGGAGAAUAAUUUACGCGAAUUCCUGGGCAUCCGGGUCUCUGCAAGUGGGCUUCCUGGGGUUUCUUCUCACGUUUGAUGCAUUCGGCGCCGCAGCAAUUGCUGCACUGUCUUGUUACUCGCACGACAAUCGGGACCCGUCGGACCGAACAUUUCAGAGAGACAGUCCUCGCUUACAUUGUUGCGCUGAUUUUAACUACGACGUAAAUGUACAUGAGCUUAUGAAAGGUGAUGCAGGGCAUAAUGCCAGUUAAAACAAAAUCCCGUGUUCCUGAAAAUAUGGGUAUCACUGGUGGACUGGUAGAUGCCAGGGAUAAACAAGUGUUGAAGGAAGCAGUGGAGGCUGUUGUUAAUAGCUUUGCAAAGCAUACCCAAGGCUAUGGAAGAGUGAAUGUAGUAGAGGCUCUACAAGAAUUCUGGCAAAUGAAACAAAGUAGAGGAACAGAAUUAAGAAAUGGAGCUUUAGUUAUUUAUGAAUCUGUUCCUGGUACCAGUCCACCUUAUGUUUGUUACGUGACCCUUCCUGGAGGAUCUUGUUUUGGUAGCUUUCAGAAUUGUCCUACUAAAGCAGAAGCUCGUAGAUCGGCGGCAAAAAUUGCUUUAAUGAAUUCCGUUUUUAAUGAGCAUCCUGCUAGAAAAAUAACGGACGAUUUUAUAGAAAAAGCAGUUGCUGAAGCAAGAGCUAGCUUUACCAAGCCUUCUGCACCAUCUAACAGCGUUGGUAACCAAGCACAAGGAAAUGGGGAUGAGAAAGAGGAUCCAAACACAGGUAUAGGUGCAUUUCGUUUUAUGUUGGAAUGCAAUCGCGGAAGAACAAUGUUAGAAUUUCAAGAGUUAAUGACAGUCUUCCAAUUGCUUCAUUGGAAUGGAUCUUUGAAAGCUAUGAGAGAAAGGCAGUGCAGCAGACAAGAAGUUGUUGCUCAUUACAGUCACCGGGCUUUAGACGACGAUAUGCGGAGCCAAAUGGCAUUAGAUUGGGUCGCAAGAGAGCACGAAAGCGGCGGCGGUGUCGUUGCUAUGGAAUUGGCAUUAGCCGAAAGAGAACUUGAGGCAGCGCGUUCAGCUGGCAGGGAACUUCGAUUUCCUAAAGAGAAAAAAGAUAUAUUGAUGCUUGCCCAUGCUCAAGUAUGCCCUCAGUGAUUUUAACAAAAGGAUCUUUGCAAUUCAAAAACAUAUGAAACUGGUUUUGCAAAAGCUGGUGUUAAGGGAAUAUGUUUUUUCAAUGACAUACAAUGUCGCCAUAAUGUGAAGUGAUUUAUCGUUGUUUAGCAUCGAGACACGUAAACAAUUCCGUCCUUUCUACGAAGUAUUUUUGGUGAUAAUAGACUAUUAAUGGGAUUAUAAACUUGACGUAUUUUUAAGAAGAAUACUUUAAGCGAGUAACUGCCAAUUUUUAAAUCAAAAUUAUUCAUAAUUUGUAUAUACAUACGUUUUGAUACAAAAUCUCGUCUUCCAU